AUGUAUCUGUGUGGAGAAGCCCCUCAGCGUGUCUAUGUAUCUGUGUGGAGAAGCCCCUCAGCGUGUCUAUGUAUCUGUGUGGAGAAGCCCCUCAGCUUGUCUAUGUAUCUGUGUGGAGAAGCCCCUCAGCUUGUCUAUGUAUCUGUGUGGAGAAGCCCCUCAGCGUGUCUAUGUAUCUGUGUGGAGAAGCCCCUCAGCGUGUCUAUGAAUCUGUGUGGAGAAGCCCCUCAGCGUGUCUAUGUAUCUGUGUGGAGAAGCCCCUCAGCUUGUCUAUGUAUCUGUGUGGAGAAGCCCCUCAGCUUGUCUAUGUAUCUGUGUGGAGAAGCCCCUCAGCGUGUCUAUGUAUCUGUGUGGAGAAGCCCCUCAGCGUGUCUAUGUAUCUGUGUGGAGAAGCCCCUCAGCGUGUCUAUGUAUCUGUGUGGAGAAGCCCCUCAGCGUGUCUAUGUAUCUGUGUGGAGAAGCCCCUCAGCUUGUCUAUGUAUCUGUGUGGAGAAGCCCCUCAGCUUGUCUAUGUAUCUGUGUGGAGAAGCCCCUCAGCGUGUCUAUGUAUCUGUGUGGAGAAGCCCCUCAGCUUGUCUAUGUAUCUGUGUGGAGAAGCCCCUCAGCUUGUCUAUGUAUCUGUGUGGAGAAGCCCCUCAGUUUGUCUAUGUAUCUGUGUGGAGAAGCCCCUCAGCUUGUCUAUGUAUCUGUGUGGAGAAGCCCCUCAGCUUGUCUAUGUAUCUGUGUGGAGAAGCCCCUCCGCUUGUCUAUGUAUCUGUGUGGAGAAGCCCCUCAGCUUGUCUAUGUAUCUGUGUGGAGAAGCCCCUCAGCUAG